CAGGGGGGACAAAUCUUUCCUAGAUUUAUUUCUACGUGCGUUAGGCAUGUAGGUAGGUCACAAUAUUGCGUCUCGUAGUUCACCAUGCAGUUGCACAGAGAGGUGACCCAUUGCUUUCCCUGUAAAAGCGAAGAGCUAAAUCAGGUUGACUCGUUUCUCUCCGCUCUGUAUGGUCGGAUCCCGACCAAUGUCACAUCAGUAUGUGCGCACCGAGAUCGCUUUUACCUUUUCGUAAGGCGAGGGAGUGGGUUGUUGGGGGUAUAAAACAGAAAACAGCGCUUUUGCCAGUCAAUAUGUGUGUAGUUUCAUUUUAGUAGACACCAGAAAGGUGUCUAGUUCUUACCCGAUUGACACUGAGUUAUUGUUGAGACGUGCCGAGAGUCACUAUGUUGCUAAGCGCAGUGGUAAUUUGUUGUAUGAUAGUUGCGAAUGCGGAGUCGCCUUUGAACGGCUAUUCUUUUACUGGAACCGAUGGCAAUGCGUACGAUUACGGCAAUACCGUUACUAGUAAUGGAUACUUGGGAUCCAAGGAUAGUUAUCAAAACGGUGGAAGUUUUUACGGUGCUGGAGAUGCCAAUCAGAAGUUGUCCAACUAUGUCGGCAGUCACUCGUUAAUUAACGGUGGUAAUCAGGCUGGUACUGGAGGAAGUGACGUAGGAAACAGUUACAACGGAUAUUCCGCGAAUGGAAACGAGUACGCGGGAUAUUCCAAUACUUACGAGAAGUCUGUUAGUGAAUCCUACACUACGCCUGCUCGUGCAACGUCUAUACCACACAGAGGAUACAUUGGCUCUAAUAACGCGGAGUCGACUUUUAACGCAUACUCAAGCGAUUUGGUUAAUAAAGAUCCCGAUUUCGGUCAGUACGCGGCUAGCAGCAGCAGCAGCAGCAGUAGUAGUAGUAAAAGAAUACCUGCUUAUCCCGGAUAUCUCAGACCAACUCGGGUAUCAGACAAUUAUCCCGAGGCCUCUACUGAUAUCGGCGUGCAAGGAUAUCGCGGUCCGUCUGGCUCCUCAAGCUAUUCCGAAAGUGAUCACGCCUACGCGCCUUAUUCGCAAAGCGGUCUGACUAGCGAAUACUUGUUUGGAAAGCAGAAAAACGACCCGUUAAACUUGAAAGGAGGCAACAAGUACAGCGGCGUCUACUCGAUCCCAUCCGAGACGCGUUUCACGCGGGGAAACUCCGGACACGUGAGCUAUAAUCGCGACGUACCAUCGUUCAUGUCAGGAUUGAUCAGUCAUAUCUCCAAAACACACGGUAUCCAUUCUUCAGUAAAACCGAGUAAAUACGGCUCCAAAUACUUAUCCCGUUACGCUCCAAAUAACGACGUAACUUACUUGUCGAGAGACCGCGAUGGCUAUUAUAUGCCUUACAGCAAGGGUGGUGGAAAAGUCAUCGUAAUUAAGAAUAACAGUCCGAGUUACGCUAAUCGUGUUUACUCUGACGAGCCGCUUUACGCUAGUAGCAUCGGCGGUUACAGGAGUAAGAGCGGUUUUGCCACUAGUUACUCCGCUUCACCUUUUGAUGGAUACACUGGCAGUAGUAGUUACGAUGAUGGUCCCGCUAUAAUCAGACGAUACAGGAGUGGUCCUAUGCUUGUGCAAAGGCCUAUUUAUGCUUAAUUAAUUUAUCUUUUUGAUUUAAGUAUUUAAAAAGUAUAGCACGUCGAUGUUUGAUAUUUGUAUAUAUAUUUAUUUUAUAAGUACUUUUUAAUAAGGAUUUCUUUAAUGUGUUGUUCAAAAUAAAAAUAUUGUUUUAUCUUUCGUAAA